CCGCACGCUCACAGCACAACCGAGUUCACAAGUUUCUUUCAAAUACGAAUAAUUAAUGUAGCAUGGGAACAAUACAAGCAUACCCGCUCACUACACAUACACACCACGGCGACUGAGUAAGAGACCACCUGUCUGUCAACUUAAUAAUGGCGACAGGCGAAGUAGGAUCCCGUUGGCCGUCGUACCCGGCGCGGUUGAUCGUCGAACCGUCCGGGGAGACCCAGUUACGAUGGACUGAUUUCGUCACAGAGUUUGGGGAAGACUAUCUCGGCCCGGAAUUGAUUACCCAUUUAGAAAACUUUUAUUACAAGACACCCGACCCACAAGACCGAAAACAGUGUGUUCGGUUACUAGCUGCGUUGACGUUGGGCAAAGAAGUCAGAGAGAAAGAAAAGGAGAAACAAGCAGCUCGGUCUAAGCUUGUGGUCAAGCGUCCAAAUACUGCCAUGCCGUCCCUCGGAGGUCCGCGUAGGAAACCGCCGGUUUCGACCCACUAUACACAGGAAUAUCCCGGAAUCGAUGUGUCAAGAAAUACUCGCCCCGCCGAGCAAAGGCCAUCAACAACCAAGAAUUCGUACCAAGCAUAUCACGAACUCAAUGGGAGACUAGGAACCCCUCAUUAUGACGAACAGUUUACUUGGAAACCACCGAGCAAGCGGGAGCCAAUUCGUGCAGGAUCGUCGUCUGGGAAUCGACGGAAUAACCCUCACCCUCACGAGUCAUUCAUGGUGUGGAAAUUUCCCAAGGGUGUUCCAGAAGACCAGAAGCUUUACCCGUCUGAUUUGACAGACAGUAUGAUGGACGAGAUUUGCAUGGAUAAAUGUAAAUCCACCUACCAGGAUGACUACCUUGGUCUUCCUCAAGGACUGUGUUUAUUUUUUCAGUAA